AAAAGAAGUAAACAGCGCAGGGCAUUUUCCUCUUCCGCCUCCCGCUUCUCUCCCUCGCGCUGUGCUGCGAAAAAGACUUUAGGUCUGGAGCGUCUGCUGCCGGUUGCAUUCCUGGCUGCGGGUGCAAUGCAAAUAAAAAAGACCGUGUGGAGCAGGUUUUUAAUCACGUGUGCACGCUGCCUUUGGAUGGCUUGUCCCGAAAAGCAGCAAAGGAAUACUUGAAAUAAAAUAAUAAAAUAAAGAGAGCAAAAACAAGGGUGGGGUGAUAACAUGGAUAAGGUGAUGACUUAGACAAGCAGGAGGAAGAUCUUUCACUAGAAAGGUGUGAGCUUCCCUAUCCUAUUAUCAUCCAAAAGUGGCAGAAGUUCUGGGGUUGAAGAGAUGCCUGGAAGUCAACAGGGACAAGAAGGACAACCUGAAAAGGCAACAGAAGGAGCUUUCCUUUGUGAAGAUGGAGAUAGUAGUUUAAAUGAAAGUACAUUCCAAGAAGGAAUCCUCAUAAGUAAAGGGGGAAAUAUGGGCACAGACUGUGGAAAAAGCCUCCAUCAGAGCUUUGAGUUUCUUGAGGAUGACAGUGUGAAGAGAGGGGGACAUCAAUAUAAAUGCUCAUCGUGCUGGGAAACUUUCCAUGACAGAACCCACUUGGAUGCACAUGAGAGAAUCCACACAGGAGAUAAACCAUACGAAUGCACAGAUUGUGGGAAAAGCUUUAGCACAAGCUAUGGGUUUAUUGAUCAUAUAAGAGUACACACAGAGGAGAAACCAUAUAUGUGUUCAGACUGCGGUCAGCGCUUCCAUCUGAAAUCAAACCUUACUGCACACAAAAGAACCCACACAGCAGAGAACCCCUACGAGUGCUCUGAAUGCGGGCAAAGCUUUGGUAAGAAAUCACAUCUUGUCACGCACGAGAGGACCCACACUGGAGAGAAACCCUAUCAGUGCUCAGAUUGUGGGAAGAGCUUUAGCCAGAAAGGAAACCUCGUUUCCCACAUGAGGAUCCACACAGGGGAGAAGCCGUAUAAAUGUUCACAGUGUGGCAAAUGCUUCUCUCAUUGCACUUCGCUGAUGAUGCAUGUGAGAACUCACACAGGCGAGAAACCUUACAAAUGCUCCAUCUGUGAAAAAAGCUUUGUCAACAAGGGAAACCUUGUUUCACAUGUGAGAAUCCACACAGGGGAAAAGCCCUAUGAAUGCAGAGAUUGUGGGAAAAGCUUUAGCACCAGCUUUCAGUUUAUAGAGCAUAAAAGGCUACACACGGGGGAGAAACCCUACAUGUGCUCAGACUGUGGGCAAAGCUUCAAUUCAAAAUCAAACCUUAUCACACACAAGAGAACCCACACAGGAGAGAAGCCCUACCAGUGUACUGUGUGUGGGAAAGGCUUCCGGGUUAAAUCAUCCCUUACUAAACAUGUGAGAAUCCAUACAGGGGAGAAGCCCUACGAAUGUCCUGAGUGCGGGAAAAGCUUCAACACUAGCUCCCUGCUUGUGAAUCACAAAAGGGUUCAUACAGGAGAGAAGCCGUAUAAAUGCUCAGGAUGCGGGAGAAGCUUCCGUCAGAAAGGAAACCUUGUUUCACAUAUGAGAAUCCAUACAGGGGAGAAGCCAUACCGGUGUUCUGACUGUGAUAAAAGCUUCAUUGAUAAAAAGUCGCUUAUUAAGCACAAGAGAACUCAUACAGGAGAGAAAGCUUACGAUUGUAAAGAUGGUGGGCAACUCUUCAGGUGCAACUCAGUGCUUUCGUAGCACAGUAUAAUUCACUGGGCCUGACUGGACAAAGCCUCUCCUUGGACUGACCUACAAAUGCAUGGGGGGAGACGGAGACUGCAGAAUUGGUGCUUUCUCACUGACUCAGCAUUUCUUCCCCACCUCUGGCAUCACCAGACGUCCGCAUGGGACCAUAUAUUGAAAUAUGGAUGUGUACUUGG